AUGAGUCGACGACGGUCGGCGUUCAUAUCGGAGGCACUUGGCGAGGACGAUGAACCGUCGACGCCGUCGAGUCAGGAUCCAAUUGAAGAUUUUGGCGGUGAUGGGGGUUAUAAAGUUUCUGAUGAUGAAGGAUGGCAGAUUGUCUUGGGUCCCGAUGCAUAUGGAAAACACAACCAUGAGCUAAUUGUCUAUGAAGAAGGCAAUCGACAAAUGAGCAAGCUUAGUCCGGGUGCGAAGCAACUUGUUCGUGACCUGACCGAUGCAAAAGUGAAACCACAAAAUAUCUUAGCGGCUGUACGGAAUCAGUUUCCUGAUGAUCAUCCCAAUCGUAGACAUAUUUACAACUUUAGGGAUCGGUUGAGACUUGAAGAUGCUGAUGGUCGAGCUGCUGUUACAUAUUUCCUUGAACUUAGUAUCGAGUCGCAGUAUACACAUUGGAGCUUGGUUGACCCGGAUACGAAUGUUUUGACUCAUGUAUUUAUGGCACAUCCUACGUCUCUAGCGUUCUUACGCACGUAUCCGUGGGUCAUUGACAUUGAUUCAACUUACAAGACAAACAAAUACAAAAUGCCUUUUUUGGAGCUCGUUGGUGUUACUCCUUGCAACAUGAAUUUCUUGAUCGGGUAUGCUUUUAUGAAGGAUGAGAGCGCUGAAAUAUUUCCUGACACUGCUCAUUUACUAUGCACAUGGCAUAUUAACAAAGAUGUAGAGCAUAGAGUUAAGAAAAUAACGAAUAAUAAAGAUCAAGGAAAAAUUUUCAGGUUGACAAGGUGGAAUCCAAUUCUCAAUGCCACCACAUUGGAUGAUUAUAAUAGAGCGAUUCGGCAAAUGGAGGAAUCUUAUGUAGCAUUUCCUGCUGUGAUUUCUUAUGUGAAGGACACUUGGUUAAACAAUCAUAAGGAGAAAUUUGUGAAAUUUUGGACCAAUGGUGUGCUUCACUUCGGCAAUGUCACCAAUUGUAGAGUGGAAAUUGCACAUUCAACUUUGAAGGGGUGGUUGGAAACUUCAACAGGUUCUCUCGAUUCUGUAUGGGCCAAGGUAAACAAGGCAAUUGAAGAUCAGGUCACACAGAUUAAGCAAUCACUUGAGCGCAGUCGACGCAGUCAUGGGCGGAUAUAUGAUGUUAUGCCAUUACAACAUCUUAAUGGACGUACCUCCCACCAUUGUAUGUUGUUGUUGGUGAAUGAGAAGAAAAGAAUGAGAGAGUUAAGUCAUGAGGUGAAUGUUCGGUGUGGAUGUGUUUAUAAGACGACUCAUCAGAUUCCUUGUGCAUGUGAUAUACGUCGUGCCAUUGAUUCGGGGACAUACUUCUACUUAGACCAAGUGCACCCCUUUUAUAGGACACUAGUGAUUGGUGAGGAUGGUUGUGUUCCGACUCCAUUGGAUGACCCCGAUCAUCAGUCACAGGACAGUCGAUUUUUUGAGAGUUUUAUGCAUGAGCCGCCUAGGAACACAACUACUAGAGGGAAACCACAAUCAAAUAGUACACGACGUAAUCGUAGUGCAUGGGAGUAUACACGUGGUACUCGUGGGCGUCGUGGUCGUAAUGGGGGACGCGGUGAUGGUGGUCGUAGUGGAGGAGGAAGAGACAUUUCAGAUUUUCCUUACCUUUAUGGGCUUCCCGAUAUCAUCAAACCAUUUGUGGAGGAUUGGAACAAUGUAAUGGGUGAUGGGAAUUGUGGAUUUCGAUGUGUUGCAGACUUUUUCUUAGGUGGGCAAGACAAUUGGAUACAAGCUCGGUAUUUAAUUGUGAACGAGGUUAAGGCCAAUCGACCAGAGUACAUACAUUUGUAUCACGGAGGCUUGGAUCAAGCAAUUGAUCGUAUCACCUGGAACGGUGGACAUUGUGGCGCGAACCAUUACAUGGACUUGCCUGAUGAUUUGUACCCAAUUGCAAAUUUUUGGAAUUGUGCAGUUAUGGUUUAUGGAGUUGGCCCACGAGGAGAGUUGUACUCGUGUAUGACAGUUCUACCAUUGCGAGCCCCGUCUACUGAUGAUCGACCUCGGAUUGAGAUUUGCCAUUACACACAUUGGUCGCCAUUAUGUUCGACUUGA